AUGUUUACAAUAUUCCUAAUUCCUUUUUCUAGUUCUUAUUUGGAAUCUUUUUGGGGGCAUCAUGGAACUGAUAAGAUUAUAAAUUUAUAUCCAAGUUCUCUUCAACCAGUAGCUAAAAUCCCGAAACCUCCAACUCCUCCCAAUAUUUCAGAGGCACAUUAUACAAAUCCAAUAGCAUACAACGAUUAUCCCUGGCCCGGACAUAAUCAGAGAAUAAACAGAAGUAUUCUCAUUGACGAAGCCAAUCGCAUUGAAGGAGAAUUUUGCAAAGCUUAUCAAACUUUAGACCCGAAGAAUGCUUACAAACAUAUAGUAGGUGUUAGACAGUUCUGGGGUAAUGAAAACUGGGUAGAAAAUGCUACCAGAUAUAAAUUCAAAUUUUUCAUGAAUAAUAAUCAGCGCGGUUAUCACAUCUCAGGCAUAUACGUUCCUCCAGGCGAAGUUAUUACUGUUGAAAUCCCAGAUAAUGCUAUCGGCAAAGUUGUUGCCUGCCUUAAUCAGCAUGCACCCAACGCCCAAUCACCGGAUAGACUUCCUAAGCUCAGUUGCAGGAUCACAUUGAACAGCAAUAAAACACAAUUUGCAUGGCCAUAUGGCGGCAUUCUUGAUUUUGCAUCUUAUUAUGGACGAUAUAAGUAUGGAAUUGAAAUAACAAUCACAGGCGGUAUAAGAAUACCAAACUUCAUAUACGGUGUUACUACCGAUCAAGAAUGGGACGAUGAUAUGCGCGGUCUCCAAGCACCCCUUGCCCCAUUUGAUGUUGGCACUUUUGUUGCCUGUGUUCCUAGCCAAUUCUGCCGCGGUGCAACACGUGUCAACGAUGCCAUGAUCUUCUGGCAAACAGUUUCAUGGAAUGCCUAUGAUGUUUGUGAAGUUGUAGGUGUCAGCAGAAUUCUCGGUGGCUAUGUUGUCAAUCCUAUCAUGUACAACUUUGAUGCAUUUACAAAUCCUGGCAUUGCUCUUUCUUAUGUUGGCGGCAACCGCAUCCAAGCUCCUCCAUCUUGGUCUGGAGGUCUAUACACAUACCCGAGAAUGGGAACAUGGGGUUUGCUGCACGAAUAUCACCAUCAAUUCCAAAACAACUGGGGCUGGAGUUACUGGGGCGAAGUCACAAACAAUGUAUUGAACAUGAUCGACAUGGCUCUUCUUUGUGAAAUUGAUGAGACAAGAAAGAUCAACUUUAACGGUGAUUUCAUCAUUGGCGGUGGUGGCUGGAACUGGGUUUCCCACCAAUACAAUACAAUCAAUAGAGAUGAUUUACUUCUUUGGUACGGAAACAACUUGUAUUGGUUUGGAGCUGAAUUGCACAAAAAACACUUGAACCUUCAUAUCAAGCGCGCCUGGGAAAGAAAUAAAUACGGCGGUUAUAUCUCUGAGUACCUCAUGACGGCUGCAGAAGUAUUUAAACGUGAUAUGAGAGCUUACUACAACACAUUCUCUGGUGCAACAAACUGUACAGAUCAGAUAAAUCCAAAUAUUUCAGCUAAACUUGAUGACAUGCUCAGUAAGAAACAGAUCAAAGAGUUCCAUCCUGUAGCAAAUAUUUACACAACAGGAUAUGUUCUUGAUGGAGUUGAAUUUGAAACAGCUAAACCAUGGCAUGUUCCAAUCAGAUCUCCUUACAUUUUCGACUUCGAAAACAACUUGAAAACUAGAAAAUUAUGCCACACAUUUAAGUUUACAUCAUGCAGCGUUAUCAAUGGAACAUUAACUCAAGUAAAUGGAUCAACUGCAAGAUAUGUAUUUAAUUCAACAGAUCCACGCUAUUUGAGUAAGAUUUAUGUUAAUUACACAGACCAACAGAAUGGAGAUAUCACAACCAUGGUUAUUUCGGUCAAACCAAUUCCAACAGGUUUAUUUACAACAUUCUAUCAAAUGGACCAAGAUAAGCCAAUUCUUGAAGGAUAUGCAGAUUUCAUGCAGAACAAAGACUUGAAGGGCUUCUAUAUGAUUAACGAUAUCCCAGUAGGUGUUCCGAAUAUUGAUGCCCAUAAAAACAAGACUCCGUGGGUUACUUUGAGCGAAGGCAGUUUCUUCCCUCCAACAACUGGUGAAUACAGAUUUUUGUUCUCACACGUACAGGAUGUCAUGUUCUGGCUUUCUGACAAAGAACUUACAGGAGAUCUUGAAACAGAUGCACCACAUCUUAAAGCCAAUCUUUCAGGAACUCGAACAUGGGCUUCACUUGAUCAACCAGAGGUUUAUCAUCCUUUGGAGAAAGACAAGAAAUACUACUGGAGAUUGUUCCUCAGGUGCCCAUCUGGAGUUGGCUAUUCCAACGGUAUGUACUUCAUCAAAGGAGAUACAAAGAAAUACGAUUACGACAUUUCUAGAGUCCGUCAAUAUGGUACAAUAUCAUUAGAUGAACCUGAUUACAAUCCAUUCCAACCUCAAUUUAGACAAAGUGCAAUUGAUUUAGAUUAUCAGCUUAUUCCAGAUAAAAAAAGAUAA